AUGAGCUACGAACUAGCAGGCCCUUAAGCUGUUUAAGACAUGAUAGAAGAUUAAGUGUAUCAUAUACAUGUAGCAGGAUCAGAAAUGUAGCAAUAGCAAGACCCUAAUCUUCUACUCCAUCAUGAUGACCUACAUUAAUAGCAUCACCAUCGCAUGAAUGCCCAUGACUUUUAGCAAGAGUAAGAGUAGCAAAUAGCUAAUUAACUUAUUUAAUAGCAACAUCUAUUAGCCUAGCAUGAAGAAUAAAUUUCAGCCAAUCAGCCUAUGAAUUUUACUGAAAAUUAUGAAAACAUUAACUACGAACUUGCAUUAAAGCUCUUCAAAUAGAUGCCUUAGACUCAACUCGAUGCUAAUAGCUUAACUAUUCUAAAACAAUAAGAAGAAGGUCUGAAAAUAUUUUCAUAACUUGAUGCUUUGGAGAAAGAAAUAGCAAAAAAGAAAAAUGAGCAAGAGUAUUAACUAAAGAGAAUAGAAUAAAAUUAAUUGAAAGCCUCUUAGUAAGGAGCUUUAGUUACUUCUAUGAGUAAUAACAACAAUACCAUGACUAACCAAGCUAAUUUAUUAGAAAAUCGUAGUUUGGUGAAUAGCUACGUCCUUCAAAAUUCUUCAUAGAUAGAAAAUUAUGGAAUCCUUUAAGGGAAAAAUAUUUAAAAAUCUAACAAUAAAGACUUAUUUUAUGGGUCUUCUUAAUCUUAAAAUUAGUUUUCCGAAGGUAAGUAUGGAAUAGCCGCUUCAUUAAGAAAUCAAUCUUUAGGCUCACCAAACAAUGCAUACACUACAAAGAAAGAUGUUUUAAGCUUCAACACCAAAGAAGAAUUAAAAUGUACAUUCCACCCAACAAUCAAUAAAAAAUCUGAAAAAAUUGUCAAACGUGGAUAAGGAGAUAAAGAUUACUCAGUGAAAUAUCUUUACCAAGACUUUUUAUAACGUUAAGAAAAAGAAAAAUUGAAGAAAGAGCAGGAAAUUUAAACAUUAAAGGCAUAAAUGACUAAGUCGAAGAUAGAUCCAAAAAGUUAGAAGAUAAUUUUGAAGAAGAUAGAUAAAGUGCUCUCAUUUAUUAUCAAUUAAGUUUAGGAAGGAGAUUACAUUUCUUACGAAAAUUUAGGAUACAUUUACCAAGAAAUCGGUUUAUUUAGAGCACUUUAAUUCCAAAAAGACUAGAAUCAAACUUCUCUUUAUCUUAAUGAUCGCAAGAACAUAGAUAUGAAUAGGAUGCAGUAAGAAAUGAAAUUCCACGAAUAAUCAUACAGAAUCCUUAACCUUAAUAACGCAGAAUCUGGAGUUCCUAAAAAACUUGCUUUUGACGUGCUAAUGGUUUUGAUUGAGAAAAAAAUCUUAAAUCCACAAGCAGAAACUUACAUCAAAGAAAUUCUUAUAAAUGGUUUAUAAAUAAACUAAGCUUCAACAAAUUAGGAAGAAAGAUUGCUAAUUCUUUAACAGCUUCUCUAGGAAUCAAAUGUACCUUAAGACAGUUUAUCACAUGGAGAAUGUUGGGAUAUUCCUUAGCUGGUGGCUAAUUUUAGAAAACUUCAUGAUGAUAAAACAAAUUUAAUGGAAUGGUACAGCUCAAAAAAUAAUAAUAUUUUGAAUGAUAUUAAAUUUAUGAGUGAUUAAAGCAAUUUCGUAGAGGCUGCUAAUGAGCCUACAUAAAAUAAUUUAGAUAGCAAUGGAGGUAAAUCAAAAAAACUUAGAAAUUCCAUGACAAAUGCAGAAUUGAAAUUCCAUCCUGUUAUCAAUAAAAAGUCAAAGAUAUUAGAUAGCUGCUUAAUGAUGAGCUAAAGUGGUACUUACUUUACUAAAGCAUAAACAGCCAAAAAUGCAGCUAGCUUGAAUCCAAUAGAUAAUUUCACCUCUGAACUAAGCUUGAGCUAGAAAAGUGGUAAGAAGUAAGAUAGCUAAAAAAAGCGUUACGAAAUAUUAUAUGAGCAUUCUAAAUAUUUAGAAUAAAAGAAAAAGGAAUAAAAGGAAAUUAUAGAAAAAGAACAAAACAAUAAAUGUACUUUCAAGCCUAUUGUAAAUUAGAAAAGUUUUGUUCUGCAAUAGAGUAAGGUAUUAAUUGAAGGACAAAAUUAGUAGCAAGGAGAUAUUAAAAAGCCAGUGUAUGAAAAAUUAUAUGAAAAGCAUUAGACAAAAGAAGAAGAGCUUAAUAAUGUCCGCUCAAAAGUAAAAGAACAAAGAGAGCUCAAAGAAGAAUAAGAAUGCACAUUUAGACCUAAUAUAAAUUAUAAUAUACCAAUUGUAAAAACUCCUGAAGAAUAAGAAAAAUUAUUGAAUAUUAAAGGAACUUAGUAAAUUUUAGAGCGUCUUUAGAAAGCAAGGAACUAACAAGUUGAAAAAGAAUCCUUUUUCGAACGUCAAAGACAAGCACUCAGCCAAAAUGUGUCUAGAUUCACAGAAACAAGACCAUUUUCAUUUGACCAGUAAAACUCCUUGAAAUGCAUAGGUAAUUAAUCAAUGCGUAAAGAGAGAGAAAUUAUUGGAAAUGUUGAUGUAAACUUCUCUAAAGGAAAAAAAGGCAGAAUAAUUAUUUACAAAGGAGAUAAUCCUGAAGAUUUAGCAUUAAAUUUUGCAAAAAUAUACUCUUUAAAUGAUGAUAUGCGUUUCACAUUGAAAGAGAUGAUUGCUGAAUAUAUUUAAAAAAUGGAAAACGAAGCUACUUCUUCUGAAGAUGAAAAUAGAUAAAAUAGGUAAGAUUUAAAUUAAGCAAAGCAAAACCAGCCAAACAAUGAUGAAGAUUAAGAAGAUCAAGGAAUUUCUAACAAAAGUGUCAGGGGAGAUGAUUAUGAAGAAGGUAAUGGUACCAGUGCAAUCGAUUCUGUGGACAAUAAUAAUUAAAUUUAAAGCAAAGAAAAUACUUCUGAUCAAGGCGAGGUAGCUAACGCUGAAUAAAUUAAGGAAAUAGUAUAAAAUUUAGUAGGAGAAAACUAGAACAAUCAAGAAGGCAAAGAAUGA